AAAGCUCCAAUCUUUUUAGCCUUCUCUCUCUCUCUGUUUCUCUCUGUAACAAUGGAGACUCUGUACUUUCUUAAGUUCUGGAAACCCAAUCCUUCCACCAUUGCAAUCCCCAGUCCUCUGGUAGAAACAGACAAUGAGUUUGAGGUGGAAGAGGAGGAAGAAGAAGACUCGUUCUUCGAUUUGGAGAUUAGUACAGAACCAAACACCAAAACCCAUGAAGAAAGUUCCAAGCUUUACUCAAAAGAAGCCAAAACAGAACCAACCCUUAUUGUUCCUUCUCCUUCUGAUUCAAUCUCCAAAAGGAAAGUCCUCCCAAUUGAACCCAUUUCCAAGCCUCAGUCCCCCAUUGCUCUACUCAAAUCAGCUCCCAAGUUUGGGGUUUCGAUUUUCAAAAAACCCAAAUCAGCUUCAGCUAAGAAAGCAGAGAAAAGUACUCUGUUUUCUGAGAAAACAGGGGAAACAGAGUCCAGCAUUUUGGUGGAGACCCAGAAGCAGAAACAGCCAGAGGUCAAAAGGAAUGAAGCUUCAAGCCCUUCUAAGCUGACCAGAGAAAACAGUUCAAGGAAAAUUGGAAGCAAUAUGCAGAACCAGAGCUCUGACUAUUUGAAAACAGAGCGGUUUUCGAAAGAUGUGAUCAACAAGUACCUGAAGCUAAUCAAGCCUCUGUACUUGAAAGUUUCCAAGAGGUACGGUGACAAGGUGAAAGUUUCCGGCGACUUGCCGAUGGCAUCGCCGGCGUCGUCGCCGGCAGUGUCUAUGUGCUCGCCGAGGAAGGAGAAGCAGGGGAACAUUCCUGCCGGGAUUCGAGUUGUUUGUAAGCAUCUUGGGAAGAGCAAGUCGGCCACGGCGGCGGUGGCUGUGGCGUCUCCGGUGAACCGGAGAGACGACUCGCUGUUACUUCAAGCAGAUGGGAUACAGAGCGCCAUUCUUCAUUGCAAGAGAUCAUUCAAUUCUAGAGAUUCUUCUUGCCUAUCAAGAUCAACCAGUUGGACUAGUUCAUCCAUCAACUCAUAUUCUAGUGAUUCUUCUAUGUUAUCAAGGUUUGCGAUCGAAUCCCAUGAGAGAUCUGCCAGAAGCUCCAUAGAGGAAGAGCUUGCAUGCUUCUGAAUGUGAUCAAGCUUUGUUUACUUGGAAAAACAGAGCUUGGUGACUCUGUUUCUUUUGUGCUCUGCUGUAAAAACAAAGAACAUAAAAGGAAUUUUGGGGUUUUAGGAAUGAAGCAUAGGGGAUUGUGUUUUGAGAUUUCUAGGGUUUAAGCAAAAAAUGACCAGUGAAGACCAUUAGGGUUCUUCACUUGUUGUCUGUAAAGUGACGGGUCUUUAUGAAAUCUUGAAGGAACUGUGAUUCUAGUUUGUGUAUCAAUCAGAGUGUUGCUUUAAUGUUACUUUUGAAUGAAUAUAUGAGAGAAGCAAAUCUUUU